CAGGAAGAAGAAGUCAAAGACAACAAUGGCGUCGUCCUCCGCUCACCUCCUCCUCCUCCUCAUCGUCGCGAUCACCGUCUCCUCCCUCUCAAUCUCCACCACCUCCGCACGUCCCUGCAAAACCUUCCUCAUCUCCUCAUACUCCCUCUCAAUAACCCCAGAAAACCCCACCCUCCUCGAUCCCCAAUCCGAUCUCUCCUCCACCCGAUUCGUCACCGUCUUCACGAUCCGCCGCCUCAACCCCAACCCGAUCGUCCCUUUCUUCGUCAACCGCCACGGAUUCGAGAAGCAGCCUCAUCAUCAGAUCCACCACGAGGAGGAGAAUCGUCCUUCUCAUCAGCUGUCUUUCCCUUUCGUCUCGGAGAACGUCAAGGAUCGCACCAGAGACAUCCUCAGCGUCGUGAUGGCUCUCUUGUUCGGAGUCGGGUGCGGCGCCUUGACCGCCGCGACCAUGUACCUCGUGUGGGCUCUGGUUGUGAAUCGCCGCGGGUACAGUUUCGAGGAAGAGGAAGAUGAUUACGAGAACGAGGAGUCGGAUGCAGCGAGCUUGAAGAAGCUGGGAUACGUCAAGAUCCCUGAACCUGUCAAGGAAGCUGCUUAAAUUGGAGUUAUCCUAUUUACCCAACCAAACAGACACUUCUGCAUAUUAUUUACGUUAUUGUCUAUCUAUCUAUGUUGCGUUGCUUAUCAGUCAUUCGAAUGUUUGUAUGGAUUUAUCUAUAGCUUAAUAUAUAAUAAUGAUGAGAUAUUAUCAGUGCUUUACAAUUUGUGUUGUGGAUGUAAUGUUUAUAAUGUAAAGUGUGAUUAUGAUGUUA